AAUCAUUUAAGAAUAAUAAUCCCCAUCAUCACUCCUUACACCCACUCAAACCUCUUUUAUAUAUAUAUUGAGAUUGUACGAGCAUCUGUUCUUGCCAACUUAGGUCAUCGUUGGUCAGGACGACACAUGCACAAACCUCUAACCCUGCUCUUAGAAAACAGUUUCUAAUGAUAUAGAAUUUUGAUAAACGUUUGAAAAGCAAUGUUAUCCACUGUCAAACAAUAAGCAACAAUGACAACAUUAAUAACAUAUAGCUUAGAUAAGAAGAAUUGACAACUAGUUGUAUCCCCCAUAACACAUUUUGAGACAAAUACCCCAACAUCGUAGUUCAUAGUCACGUGCUUUAAUCCCCUGAGCUACAGGUCCCACCCCGUCUCCACUAGAUUUGUUCUCGAGAUACCCUAGAAAAAAGUAACAUUUCUUCUCCCCAGCCAUUUCCCAUUUCGGGUUAAGAAGAUGUGAAAGCACCUCUCGUCUUUAUAAGAAGAAUAAACGUCUUAAAUACUAAAAUUGAGUAGUAGUUUAGGAUUAAAACGUUAUCUAAGUUGAAAAAAAAAGGAAAAGGAAAAGGAAAAGUUCCGUUGCAGUGUUGUUGAUGCCCAAUUUCUCUUCUUUUUCUUGGAAUUUCUAUGGCUGUUUUUCCACAAACCAAAAUCAUUACAACUUUUACUGUAUAAAAAAAUGCAUAAAGUGCACAUUCUUCAACAUUUUGUCUGUCAUCCAUUCAAAGCUUUUGCAAUGGCAGAGCCCCCAACACUUACUGUCAUUUCCACUUCACCUUCUUUCCUUUCUCUCUCUGUUUUCAAAACUCCAAGUUUCAGAACUGAAAAUUUAAGAACAUUUCUUAAGGAAGAUGAAGACGAAGAUCCAUUUAUUAGUGGUUGUGUUCUUCGGCUUUCAAGCGUUGUUGAUUCAGCUUUGUUGCUCCUCUGCUACCAUUGUUGUUGAUGGAGUUUCACAAUGGAAGAAUCCCUCUGUUCAUAUUGGAGAUUCCAUCAUUUUCAAGCACAAGUUUCAUUAUGAGCUCUUCAUUUUCCAUAAUCAAAGGGCUUUUGAUCUCUGCAACUACACUCAUGCCACACUUCUCAGCAAACCCAAUUCCACAGUAUUCAUGUGGCAUCCAUCACGGCUUGGUGUUUUCUUCUUUGCCUUCAACAACGGCUCUAAAAGCUCCUGCAAUGGCUCUCAAAAGCUAGCUGUGAAGGUCACUGAUUCAGCCCCACCUCAAAGUUCCCACCUUUCUCCACAUAACCCUCCAAUGGCAGCUCCAGCACCAAUUUCCGGCGGAGUUCUGCCGUCUACUCCAGCUUACCCGUGGCCGUUUCACCCUCGGCAGGGAGCGCCGUCGCCGAGUCUCCCUCCGAGUGAAAGUUUGCCUCUGACAGUGCCGGAGAAAGGUGGAAGUCUGCCGUUUAUCAACAGUAAUCCGGCGGUUCCACUACCCACCGGCGAAGUGGACACUGCCACUAUUCGCCCGUUGCCAACUUCAGCCCAUGGAACACAUAGGGCAAUCAUGGGCUUUCCUCUUCCACUUAAAUUGGCUCUAAUUUCAACCUUNAAAAAAAAGGAGAGAUUUUUAGGGUUUAGGGUUUUUCUUAGAUGUGAUGAUUUUGGGGGGUUUUUCCCAAUUUUUGUGUAA